AUGUGAUUCAAUCUAGUCAGACGUUCAAAAAACCCCGAUUAAUUAACGAAUUACACAGCACGAACUUGAUCUACAUAGGCUACGUGCACAAAACAUCUGCUUACCAAAAUUGUUAUGUUCAACGUAAUGCUCAUGACAUCAGCCUUACCACCAGCCACGCAAUCGUGCGUCGUGCUUCUAUUUUUACUCUAAAAAGCUAUUUUUGAACAGGGGUGCACCAACCUGCUUUCUAGACUCUGACAGAGAAGGCAAUACAAGUAGCCUGAAAGCUUUAACUAGCCUACUUUUAUGUUAUUUUAAAAGCUGCCAUCAUGUCAAUGCGCAAUUGCGCAGCCAGGAAACCCUGAGCCGUCAGACCAGUGGUAUGACAAGGGUGCUCGAAAAGUACCGCAGAGCCUCACGAGAACAAGCCUCCUGCUCUGGCCACAUUCCCAUUAACGCACUUACAAAUUUCCUCACAAUAAUCAGGUGAGAAUUCUCUAUGAUUUCCCUGCGACCAAACCGUGGACACUGUUGGAGGGACCGCUUCGUUUAUUGAAGACGUUUGGUGCUAGGGGAGGGUAAGCAUGACAAUGUACUGGAUAUGUUGUGACUGCAACUCACGAUGAUAGUUUGCAUCAGGACUCUGGAUGCACUUAUCAAAAGUCUGGAUAUUUGAGAGGAAGCACCAUGGACGCAGCGGACAUAGUUGCUUCCGUGUUGGUUUUGGGGAUUAUUAUCGUCUCGCUGUUGUCCAACGUUGUGGUGCUGAUCUGCUUUCUGUACAACCCGGAGAUCCGCAAACAGGUACCCGGCCUUUUUAUUCUCAACUUGACGUUUUGCAACCUGUUACUUAGCGUGUCCAGCAUGCCCCUAACUCUGAUCGGGCUCAUCACCAAGGGCCACCCCGGAGGCAGCGGCUUCUGUCAAACUGUGGGUUUCCUUGACACUUUUCUCACCACAAACUCCAUGCUCAGCAUGGCAGCUCUCAGCAUCGAUAGAUGGGUGGCCGUGGUGUUCCCGCUGAGCUACCACUCAAGAAUACGGCACCGGGAUGCAGUGAUAGCGCUAGGAUACACGUGGAUACACUCACUUUGCUUCUCCACAGUGGCCACCUGCCGCUCUUGGAUCGGGUACCACCACCUUUACGCAUCGUGCACUUUGUGCAAUGUCAGGGCGAGGGGAACCGGGACGCAAUUUAUCAUUUUCACCGUGGCUUUGCACUCUCUCACUUUCCUCCUGACGCUGAUCGUGUUGUGUGUAACGUAUCUGAAAGUGUUGAAAGUUGCAAGGUUUCACUGUAAACGCAUCGACGUGAUCACUAUGCAGACGUUGGUGCUGCUUGUGGAUAUCCACCCCAGUGUGCGCCAGAAAUGCUUGGAAGAGCAGAAGCGGAGGAGGCUGAGAGCCACCAAGAAGAUCAGUACAUUCAUCGGCACAUUUGUGGUAUGCUUCACCCCUUAUGUCAUUACAAGAAUGGUAGAGGUCUUCUCCCCAGGGCCCAUAAGCCCUCACUGGGGUGUGCUGUCCAAAUGUUUGGCCUACAGCAAGGCAGCAAGCGACCCGUUUGUCUACUCGCUGCUGCGUCACCAGUACAGGAAGACCUGCAGCCAUCUGGCUAACAAAGUCCUCAAGAGGAGUACACUCAACUCCUCCUCCCUCAGGAUGGAGAGCAGCAUAGGGAGGAGCGACAACUCCAACACAACCAACAACAUCCAACCACCUACCAACAAGCCAGCUAGCCAGUGAAGAUCAUCACUUUCAGAGACAAUUAGGGUACUGUACCAUGCUAAAGGUGUUUUGGCUUUGACAUCUUACUUUGAGGUUAACACUCAUGGGAACGUGGGUAUGACAGUAUGUUGACCUCUGUGCGAUGGUGUAACUUGAAUAGGUUCCCAACCUUUCUGUGGCACUCAGCCCUAAGCUCACUGAUCUUUCUACUGAGGACAUAAGUCUUAAAAGUAGGUCCCACAUUAAUACUUUAAGUGAAAAGAGAUUUUUUUCCUUAAACAGUGCAUUUUUAGGGGACUACGUUCAGCAGCAGUUUUGGUACACUAGUGAAUAUUCACAGCAGCAGGACUUUGUACAUGGGGUAAACUCAAAAUAAGUGCACAUAGUAAUGUUAAUAAGGGAGCAUGUCACCCAGUGCAACAGUGUGGGUCACAAAUGUCUUUUUAAUAGCUUGUUUUGUUUGACAACAAUGAAGGUCUAUUCUAUAGAGGAUGCUAUAUCAGGCUUUGGCUACACAGGUAGUAAUCAGUAGGAUAAAUUCAUUGAAAAAUAUAUAAAUAGCCUUAUCCUUUAAAAAAGAAUAGACCGACCACUUUUGUAGGUUGUGUGUACAGAUUAUGGCAUUAAGUAUUUCAAUACAAGUGUAAUAUAAUCUUUUUCUGAGACCAUUUUGUAGCUUCCUGAUAAAUUUGUGUCAAAUGGACAUCAAUAUUAUGGUGACUCAUUUUUUAAAUGUUUUAAGUGUCAUUAGAGGCACAAACUGCCAUCAAAAUGUGAAUAAUAGUGAGCCACAUCUCCAACCUGCUAUCGCUCCCAAAUUAAUUAGCAGGACUUAUAUGUGGACUAACACUAGACUAAAUCUUAAGUAUUAAAAUUCUCUGAUGCUGUUGAAGCUUUGGUCAAAUCAUUAAUGUAUUAACACAAGACUAAAACUAGAGUAUUUGUAUUACCUCAAGUCAGUAUAGUUGUAAAUUAAAUUCGUCUGAAGGAAUCAGUGUUUAAGCCUUUAAAUGUGAGACGUUUUACAUUCCACCUAAAAUGAAUGGCUGGAUUUCUUUUCAGGCAUAACUUCUGACCUCAAUGAUGAUUCUCUGGCUGGAUAAAGUAGUAUAUGUAUUAAAUGCAUUAUAUAAAAUAGAUGGAUUGAUUUUGACAGUACAGUCAUGUUGUAUGCACAGCAGUACUGCACACUGAUGGUUUAAUUGACAUUAAUGUUAAUGUUGUAGCUGUGAGGCCUGAGUUCUAAAGUGCCUUUUAGACAGUGAGCUCUCUGAUUUAAUCAAAACACAACAGAGGAAAUAUUUCACCUUUUUGUUAUUCUCUUGGUAAUCUGUGCUGUGAUUAAGCGUGAUAAUGGAGCCUGUUAUCCAGUUUGGUCAAAUUGUAAGGAAGUUUUAAGUAAUGUUUAUUUUGUAAUACCACAACAGUGUAUUGCAUCAGGCUAAAACAGGGUGAAAUAUUGUUUGAAUGUGGUAGCAACUAUUCAGUGAUGUGUAAUUAACAUUCCAGCUCAUGCCAUAUGAGCGGCUGUGUGAUGUCUGGGUUGUAAAAAUGAUUCAUUUUGACAACACUGGCAAAUCAGGAUGUUGUGUCUUUACUUUACUGUGACAGUAUGAAGCCUUUAAAAGGCAUAAAAUCUAUUUAUUUUUGUCAAAACUGUGUCUGAAUUUUGCUAAAUAUGUUUGUGAUUACAUUGCAAUAAAUGCUGUGCAUUUUGACAUUUUAAAACCUCA